AUGAAAAAAUACCAUUACUCUGGAAACAAGUUGCCAAAUUCUGCGACACUGAUAUUUAAAAUAAAAACAAUUAUUAACGAUAAAAUCAGUUCUGUAGAAAAUUAUGUUGAAUAUCAACCUGAACAAAUACAUUUGUCGUUAAGUAACAAUGGUCGUGAUAUGGUCGUUACAUGGUCCACUCCAGAUUCAACUGGUGACAGUAUUGUUGAAUAUGGGAUCGAUAAAAUUAAUUUAGAAGCAAUUGGCAAAGAAACAAUAUUUGUUGAUGGUGGACCUGAAAAACGAAAACAAGAAAUUCAUCGAGUGCUCCUGCCAAAUUUGAAGCCAGAUACUGUUUAUAAAUACCGUUGUGGCGGAGAAAAAGGUUGGUCACCCGUCUUUUGGUUUAAAACAUUUCCAGCAGGUGAUGAUUGGAUACCCAGUAUUGCUAUUUAUGGAGAUUUGGGCAAUAAAGAAGCACUCUCACUUCCCUAUUUACAAAAAGAAGCUCAAAAUGGAGUAUAUGAUGCUGUAUUGCAUAUUGGUGAUUUUGCAUAUGACAUGGAAACGGAUAAUGGAGGCUAUGGAGAUGAGUUCAUGCGUCAAAUAGAACCAGUUGCAGCAUAUUUGCCUUAUAUGACAAGUCCUGGGAAUCAUGAAAAUGCUUAUAAUUUCAGUCACUAUAAGGAACGAUUCACAAUGCCUGGCGAUAACCAAGGAUUAUAUUACAGUUUAAAUAUUGGCCCUGUUCAUUUUCUAUUCUUUUCGUCCGAGCUUUACUAUUACACAGAAUACUUAGGACCCGAAAAACAAUACGAAUGGAUUAUUAAUGAUUUGGAAGAGGCUACAAAACCAGAAAAUCGAGCUAAGCAUCCAUGGAUUAUUGUUUUAGCGCAUCGUCCAAUGUAUUGUACAAGUUUCAAUUCAGAUGACUGUACAUUUAAAAAUACAAAAACUCGUGUUGGGCUUGGAAUUCCACGAAAAUAUGGUUUAGAAUCUGUAUUUUAUAAAUAUGGUGUUGAUAUGGAAAUUUGGGCACAUGAACAUACUUAUGAACGGUUUUAUCCGCUGUAUGAUUAUAAGGUUUAUAAUGGUAGCAUGGAUGAACCUUAUGUAAAUCCAAAAGCUCCAAUUCAUAUUAUAUCUGGAUCUGCUGGUUGCCAAGAAGGGCAUGAUCAAUUUACUCCAAAACAACCUUCAUAUAGUGCUUUCCGUACUCGUGACUAUGGAUAUACUAGAUUUAAAGCCUACAACCAUACACAUUUGUACUUAGAGCAAGUUUCUAUUAAUGCUCGUAAGGUGGUUGACCAAUUUUGGGUAGUUAAGGAUAGUCAUAAACCGUACACUAUUUUAUAA